CUGGUUUGGUCACGUGGUUUUCCAAGAUGUCCGCGGCCUGGAUCGACGGAGUGUAGCAGUAUAAAGAGCUGUUGAGCAGCUUUUAAUGACAGUGGAGGAGCCGCAGCUCGCAACCGACAUCUGUACAGAGACAGAGGAGCCUCCGAGAAAGCCUGUCCCCUCCUCAGCCCCGCCGACAUGAGCAAGGACGGUUUCAUCCUCCCCAAGGACUUCCCCCAGCUCCGGAACGAUACCUUCCUGCGAGCAGCCCGAGGAGAAGAAACUGAGCAUGUCCCUGUCUGGUGUAUGAGACAGGCUGGAAGGUACCUGCCAGAGUUCCGUGAGUCCAGAGCAGGGAAGGACUUCUUUGAGACGUGUCGGUCACCAGAGGCCUGCUGUGAGCUCACUCUGCAGCCUCUAAGACGUUUUCCCUUCGAUGCUGCCAUCAUCUUCUCUGACAUCCUGGUUAUCCCACAGGCCCUGGGUAUGGAUGUCCAGAUGGUGGCAGGUAAAGGUCCUACGUUCCCGGAGCCCCUGAAGGAGCCUGAAGACCUGCAGCGUCUGACGGCCAAAGUGGACGUGGGCAAAGAGCUGGGCUACGUCUUCAAAGCCAUCACACUGACCAGACACAAGAUAGAGGGCAAAGUGCCGCUCAUAGGAUUCACUGGAGCUCCGUGGACGCUGAUGUCCUACAUGAUCGAAGGCGGAGGCUCCAACACCCACUCUAAGGCGAAGCGCUGGCUGUACCGACACCCAGAGGCCAGCCACAUGCUGCUGAAGAUGCUCACAGAUGUGAUAGUGGAGUAUCUGCUGGGACAGGUGGCAGCUGGAGCUCAGGCUCUGCAGGUAUUUGAGUCCCAUGCCGGCGUUCUGGGGCCGGUUGAGUUUAAUGAGUACUCUCUGCCUUACCUGCGAGACAUUGCUCGCCGCGUCAAAGAUGAACUCAAGGAGGCGGGACAGGACGUUCCCAUGAUUGUGUUUGCAAAGGAUGCUCACUACGCUGUAGAGGAUCUGUCUCAGUCUCAUUAUGAUGUGGUUGGACUGGACUGGACCAUUGACCCACGAUCUGCACGGGAGCGCACAGGAGGGAAGGUCAGCCUGCAGGGAAACAUGGACCCAUGUGCUCUCUACGCUCCAAAGGAACGCAUUUCAGACAUCGUGAAGAAGAUGUUGGAGGGUUUCGGUACGAAGGGCUACAUUGCCAACCUGGGCCACGGCCUUUACCCCGACAUGGACCCGGAGAACGUGGGCGCCUUUGUCGAAGCAGUGCACAAACACUCUAAACAGAUGAUCAAACAAAUAUAAAGUUGUCUGUGUCUGUGUGAGGGAGGGUGUAAGCUGAUGAAGAUGUACAAUAAUGCAUUAUUUUAUAAAAACUGUAAAAAGUAUUGGUGUUUGAAGAGGAGCAAAAAAUCAGUUUGAAGCAGUUUAAGUCCAUUCCCGCACAUUUCCUAGGAGGUAAAAACAAAACACCGACCUCAUUAACUUAUGGGGGGAAAAUCCAAUUCUUUAUUGUACAUUUACAUACAUUCACCACAUUCUCAUCCAGUCUAGACUUUGAACAACAAGAUGAUGUUUUCUGUUCAUCUAUGAUAUGUUGAUCUGACCCAGAGUGGAUUAUGUGUUGCCAUUGCAAAGGGAUGACAUCAUUUCUGCAAGUACAUGUUCAUUACGAUAUUUCAGCUGUAUGGGAUUUGUGUUAAUAUUGUAUCUAUUCAAAAAAGCUCUAAACAGCUUUGACUUGUAGAUGAAAAAUAUUUUUUACAUAUCUAUCAUCCAAUCAAACAACCACAAUGUUACUCCAGUUACUACUGAUAGAGACAAACCUUUAUAACCUCUUAAUAGCUGUUCACAUCUUCAAUCAAAAGUGAGCUUCUUUGUCAAAGGCUGCGAAAACAAAGUUUCAGCAAGAGACACGCUACUGCCGCUCUCCAAUCUGUUUUUAAAGAAACGUGUGAGCACGCAGCAGUCGCUCAUUGCACUACCUAACAUCUUCACAGUGAACAAAAUCCCCCGCUGGAUCUCAGCAUGAAGAGUUUUAUUUUUACUCCUGCAGACAGAAAAUCUUCCAAGAAAUGCACAUUGUACAAGAAGAUGCUUUAUGCUGUUUUUGUCUUUUUUUAUUUCAUCAACUCAGACUUGAAGUGGCUUAUGAAGUGAAUCACAUUGUAAGCAUACUGAGAGGUUGCAUGUGAUUGCAGUUUUCCAGAAUUGUAAAGCCCAUGAAUGUGUGUAUCUGGCAGUUUUUUUCCACAAAAUAAAGAUUGAUUUAAUUUUAGCUAAAUUUA